CUGACAUUUUGUCGGCAAACAUAACCUAACUUUUUAACCAGCUCGAAUCUCUCCAGUGUUGUGUAUUUACAGCAGAUAAUAAAUUGCAUAUAAUUUCGAGGGGAAUUUUAUCGAGUUAACCCAGCGACAUGUCGGAACGUAAAGUUUUAAACAAAUAUUACCCGCCCGACUUCGAUCCGUCGAAAAUCCCUCGUAUGAAAUUGGCCCGUAAUAGGCAAUACACAGUACGUUUGAUGGCUCCUUUUAAUAUGAGAUGCAAGACUUGCGGAGAGUACAUUUACAAAGGAAAGAAAUUCAAUGCCCGCAAAGAGGAUGUUGAAGGCGAUGAUUAUUUAGGUAUACGAAUUUACAGGUUUUACAUAAAGUGCACCCGGUGCCUCCAAGAAAUAAGUUUCAAGACCGAUCCAAAGAACACCGACUAUGAGAUCGAAGCGGGAGCUACUAGGAAUUUCAUGGCCCUUAAAUUGGCCGAAGAGCAAGCUCAAAGGGAAGAAGAUGAAGAGAAAGAAGAGGAAGCGACUAAUCCUAUGAAACUUCUAGAGAAAAGAACAUUGCAAUCGAAACAGGAAUUGGAGUUACUGGAAUCUUUGGAAGAGUUGAAAGAUUUGAAUCGCAGACAGCAAACCAUCGAUUAUGAUCAAAUGUUAGAACAAUUUGACACUGUAGCUGCUAAACAGAGAACACAAAAAGAACAAGAGGAAUAUGACGAAGAAUAUAUUAAAUCAAUAUUUGGCAAAAAGCAGGCAAAUACGACUGUUGUUGAAGAAGAAAUUGUGGAAUUAGAUGAAAAUGAAAGUAUCGAACCUCCAAAGAAAAUGGUUAAGAAAAACAAAAAGACAGAGGAAAGUAGCAGCGUUCUGAGAACAGAUGAAGAAAAGGUUGGAGAUAGUCAGUCCGUGAAAACAUCCGAUGCAUCGUUAUGGUCCGAAAGUACGGGAACGUCUUCGAGUAGAAAGAAUUUAUUAGGUAUAGUUAAAAGAAAAACAAAUUUAGGUGUAAAAGUAAAUUCAAAUUCUACGGAAGAGAAAAGUAGUCAAAGUGCGAAUACAAUCACGUCUGAAAGUACAAACAAUUCAUCCCGCAAUGCUCUAUCCUUGUUAGGAGCUUAUUCGGGCAGCAGCGAAAACGACAGCGAUUAACACAAUGUUCGAUAUUGUAUAUACAAUUAAAUUUAAUAAAAUUUAUUACGAAAUAAAAUGUACCUAUAAACACAGUAUAAGAUAUAAGUAAGCAUAGACGAAUAUAUAUAUAUAUAAAUCGAAAUACAUAAAUGACUUUUAAUUUUACAAAA